GUGAGCUGACUUGGGGAGGAAAAAAAAAAAGGCCUCCGAAUAAGCAAAAUUCAAAACCAAGUAAAAUCUAACAUAAGCAACUCAUCCCAAUGACCGAACUGAAUAAAACAACUUAAGAGAGUGGCAUAGAAUGAUUUGAUUUCGUUCUAAUGAGAGCGCAGGGGCAACAAUCUGCUUGGAGCCCAAAAGAGAGAAAAUGCAUCUUUCUCCUCCAGCAGAUGAACACCAGAGCCUCUCUCCUCCAAAUCCACGCCUUCAUCCUUCGGAACUCCCUCCAAACGAAUCUCAACCUCCUCACAAAGUUCCUCGCCGCCUGCUCGUUCGCCAUCGCCGGUGCCGGCGCUGUAUUCUCCGACCCGUCUGCCGGAAUCCAGUAUGUCCGCCGGGUGUUCGAUCAAAUGCCUCAGAAGGAUGAUGCUUUUCUUUGCAAUACCAUGAUUAAAGCUCAUCUGGGUCUGCGUCAAUUCAGAGAAUGUAUUGCUCUGUAUCGACACCUUAGGAGGGACACGGGCUUCGUGCCUGAUAACUACACGUUUUCGUGGAUUUUAAAGUCUUGUGCUCUGAGUUUGGCUUUCUGGGAAGGUCAAGAAGUGCAUAACCAUGUGAUUAAAACUGGAUUUGGCUCAAAUCUAUUUGCUAUGACGGCGUUAGUUGACAUGUAUGCAAAGUUUGGGUGGAUGAGUUGUGGAAGGAAAGUGUUCGAUGAAAUGUCUGAUAGAAGUCAAGUGUCUUGGACGGCUCUUGUUUGUGGAUAUGCAAAGAGCGGGGAUAUGGAAAAUGCGAAGGAAUUUUUCAACCAAUCACCUGAGAAAGAUUCCGCAGCAUAUAACGUGAUGAUUGAUGCUUAUGUCAAGUUGGGAGACAUAGAAGCUGCUCAGCAUUUGUUUGAUGACAUGCCAGAAAGGAAUGUGGUGUCUUGGACUAGUAUGAUUGAUGGGUACUGCAACAGAGGUGAUGUUAGUUCUGCUAGGUUGCUAUUUAACGAAAUGCCAGAGAAGAAUUUAUUUUCUUGGAAUGCAAUGAUUGGUGGGUAUUGCCAAAAUAAACAGCCCGAUGAAGCUUUGAGACUCUUUCACCAAAUGCAGUCUACGACAUCACUGGAGCCAGAUAAGGUUACCAUUGUAAGUAUUCUUCCGGCUGUUGCAGACGUGGGUGCUCUGGAUUUGGGUGGUUGGAUCCACCAGUUUGUCCGGAGGAAGAAUCUUGAUAGAGCUACAAACAUUUGCACUGCACUAGUGGAUAUGUAUGCUAAAUGCGGUGAAAUUGCGAAAGCCAGACGAGUUUUCCAUGAGAUGCCUGAAAAAGAAACAGCUACUUGGAAUGCUUUGAUAAAUGGGUUGGCAAUCAAUGGGUGUCCUCAAGAAGCAUUGGAGUUAUUUUUGGAUAUGAAAAAAAUCAGUGGAUUUAAGCCAAAUGAAAUAUCCAUGCUUGGUGUUUUGUCUGCCUGUAACCAUGGUGGUUUAGUGGAUGAAGGGAAGAGGUGGUUUAGAGCAAUGGAGGAAUUUGGUCUGACUCCAGGAAUUGAGCACUAUGGUUGCAUGGUAGACCUUCUGGGGCGGGCAGGGUAUUUGCAAGAAGCUGAAGAAUUGAUUAAAAGUAUGCCUUAUGAGGCUAAUGGGAUAAUACUGAGUUCUUUCUUGGUUGCAUGUGGGUAUAAUAAUGAUGUUACAAGGGCAGAGAGAAUAAAAAAGAAGGCUAUUGCACUGGAGCCGUGGAAUGAUGGAAACUAUGUUAUGUUGAGAAAUUUGUACGCCAAGGAGAAAAGAUGGAGAGAUGUGGAGGAGAUUAAAGGGCUGAUGAAUAGAGAAGGUGCAAAAAAAGAGGCUGGUUGUAGUAUCAUUGAGGUUGAUAGUAGGGUUUGGGAGUUUGUAGCUGGGGAUAAAGUGCACCCUCAGUGGGAAGGGAUACAUUCAGUCCUAGGGAAUUUGUGGAUUCACAUGAGGGGAGAAUGCAAUUACCAAAUUAAUGAUGGAUAGAAAUUA